GCCUUAGUAGAGAGUGAUGAUGUGUAUUGGAUUGUAGGCUAGACGAUGCGGAAGAAAUUGCUUACAUAAGCUGUCAGGGUUAGGUCAGCUCGUUGCUUUGACAAAACAUGGUAACGGCGCAGGUCGCACCGACUUGUGAGUAUACACAAGGACAGAGAGCCUACUUGCCAGCCUUUACGCCCAGACACCCGCUCGACAUGGUCAACUAAAGUUCGCCUGAUCUGACUGUCCCUGCUCGAGCUAGACCCUCUUGCAAUCGCAACAUUGGCAACCAAUGGAGCAAGCGAUCCUCUACAACCUCGACAACGGUCUGAGUGCAUCGGCAGUCUUUCUAGCAGAGCACCAUUACUACCAAAAUGCAAGCGAUGAAUAUGCGCGCUUCCUCUAUGCAAAGGCGCUCCUUCAAUCUGGCGAACACUUGAAAGCGCAUACACUGACGCACGGCUCACGACAUGUCGGGUGUGCUUAUUUGCAUGCGCAAACCUGCAGAUCCCUCAAGCGGUACAGUCUUGGUAUAACAGCAUUAAUGGCUUCGCACUACGGCUGGAAGAAUACAUCACACCUCUACCAGCACGCCAGAACAACGCGACAAGGCAUGCCGGAUGCAGCGGCAGUGUCUUGUCUUCUCGGCCAUCUGCAUAGGCUAGAUGACCAAGCUCAGCCGGCUAUACGAUACUACGUGGAUACGCUCAAUGAAAAUCCAUACAUUUGGGAAGCGUUCGAGGGACUGCUUACACUCGGUGUGGAUGUGCAACCCAAAAAUGUCUUUAAGCAGUCUGAGGUGCUUGCGAAAGCAAAGUCAGCAUGUCCACAAGAAAAGGAGAAUGAUGCAAAAUCUGGAAAGAGUGCGCUGGACGACGCUUUCUCAGCCGUGACGCCUAAUGUCUUUAAUCAACAACCAGCGCAUGGCCAAGGGCAAUUUGCAUUUCAACCAGCACUACCAUUGGUUGCUCGAGCAGAUUUGGAGAAACCAGGCGGACCCGUCACGCCUAUUGGACCAUUUGAUGCACCUCAGCGCUCUUCCUUCGAUACCAUUGAGCCUGUUCCAAAACCAGUCAGGCCCAAAUCGCGCCUAGCAGACUUGACGGCGCCUCGAUUUGGACUUGGUCGGACAACUUCAGAUUCGAAUGCAAGGGCAGCCUCACGGCCGAAUGACUCGGCGGCUCAAGCACCAGCAAGACGUAGUGCGCGGCUCUUGCCAAAUUUGAGAAGUACUCGAUCCACCGGACAGACGACAGUCAAGAAACAACCCACCCGACAAAUUACCCAAGCGAAAGACGCAGCGCCGCCCGUUCUUGCAGAACUGCAAAGUACACCGACUGCCAGACCUCGUGGACGUAAUGCAAACGGACGAACCUCGCAGCCGGGCAGUAGUGCUGACUUGUUGGCCAAUGAUGAGAGUAAAGUAUUGGCUUCCUUGCGACAACUUGGAGAGGCAUGCUACGCACUCAUGAAGUAUCAAUGUCCUCGCGCUGCUGAACAAUUUGAAAUUCUGCUACAAAAGCAAAAUGCAACGCCAUUCCUACUAUCAAGGCUUGCACGCGCGCGUUAUGAGAUGGGCGAGUAUACGCUUGCCCAAACGGCAUUUGCGCAACUUCGCAAGCUACAGCCUGAUCGAAUCGAAGACUUGGAACUCUACUCCACCUGUCUUUGGCAUCUCAAGCGUGAAGUAGAAUUGAGCUUCUUGGCGCAUGAAGCGAUGGAUCUCGAUAGACUCUCGCCACAAGCAUGGUGCGUCUUGGCGAAUUGCUUCUCUUUACAGCGAGAGCACGAUCAAGCUCUCAAGUGCAUCUCUCGAGCGAUUCAACUCGAUGCUUCUUUUGCAUAUGCACAUACUUUACAAGGCCACGAGUUUGCAGCGAAUGAAGAGUUUGACAAGGCUCAAGCGUCCUUCCGUUUCGCAUUACGGCAGGACAAGCGACAUUACAAUGCAUGGUAUGGUUUAGGGAUGGCAUACAUGAAGACUGGCAACAAUCAGCAAGCCGAGUACCACUUCAAUAAGGCUGCACAAAUCAACAGUACCAAUGCCGUCUUGGUUUGUUGUAUUGGGAUCGUCCUUGAGCGAGCAAAACGCUGGCCCGAAGCAUUACGACAAUAUCAGCGUGCGUGUGACUUGGCACCGACCAAUGCACUUGCGCGUUUCAAAAAGGCAAAAGCAUUGAUUGUUGCGCGAGACUACAAUAGCGCUAUGAAUGACUUGCAUAUCCUCAAGGAACUUGCACCAGAUGAGGCAAAUGUACAUUUCCUACUUGGUCGGCUGUAUCGCCACUUUGGGGAUAAAACAAGUGCCAUUAAGCAUCUUACAACAGCCAUGAAUUUGGACAGCAAAGCAAGUCAUCUUGUGAAGGAGGCGAUUGAGAAUAUCGACGAGUUGGAACAGUUCUCUUGAAGCUGCGUGGAUGAGGUCGGGAGGGGUCCUUUUUUGGCUGCAUACAAUUCGGCGUGACUGAAAAUUGACAAUAGCAUUGUAGGCGACGUCGUGCAUGCGCAUGGAAGCUGCUUGUAUCAACUAAUUGCAUGCCUUGUUCUAGCACAAUCUGAAGCCUGAAAUAAUUGUCAGCAGCGGCAGUGCCAGCAGAUUCACAAAAAAAAGUUGAACAGAAGAAGCGCAAUCGCAGCACCUACGUCAACGGAAAUUGACAACUGCAUCGCGCAACGAGCAUGCAGUCAGAGAUGAAUGACGAGGCAGUGUCAAAUGGACAGCAUGAUGUAGGCGGUGCAGAGGAAGCACC